UACCGUGUUAAUAGCAAGCAGAAGCAGAUAAAGGGGGGAUUAGGGUUUCACCCAAAAUCCCAGCUAAUCAAUGGCGAAUCGAACGGAUCCAGCGGCGAAGAGCAUAAGGGGGACGAACCCACAGAACCUUGUGGAGAAGAUUCUCCGCUCCAAAAUUUACCAGAACACCUACUGGAAGGAGCAAUGUUUUGGCCUCACGGCGGAGACCCUCGUUGACAAGGCCAUGGAGCUCGAUCACCUCGGCGGCACCUACGGCGGCAACCGCAAGCCCACCCCCUUCAUGUGCCUUGUCAUGAAGAUGCUCCAGAUCCAGCCCGAGAAGGAAAUCGUUAUCGAGUUCAUUAAGAACGAGGAUUACAAGUAUGUUAGAGUGCUUGGUGCCUUUUAUUUGCGUCUUACUGGUACUGAUGUUGACGUGUACCGCUAUCUGGAGCCCCUUUACAAUGACUACCGGAAACUAAGGCGCAAGUUAGCUGAUGGACAGUUUACAUUGACACAUGUUGAUGAAGUUAUUGAUGAGCUUCUUACAAAAGAUUAUUCCUGUGAUAUUGCUUUGCCACGCGUCAAGAGAAGGUGGAAUCUUGAGUCUCUUGGUUCAUUAGAACCUAGACGGAGUGCACUUGAGGAAGAUUUUGAGGAGGAAGAAGAGAAAGAGGAUAACGACCAACCUGCUGAUGAGCUUGAAGAUAGGGCCUAUGAAAAGGAUUAUUAUCGUGGGCGGAGUCCUACAAGGGAAAGAGAGAGGGAUAGAAGACGAGAUAGUCAUAGACACAGGGAUCGUGACUAUGAUAGAGAUUAUGACAGAGAUUACGAUAGAGAUUACGAGAGAGAGCGUGGACGUGGCCGAGACAGAGACAGAGACCGAGAUAGGGACAGAGAUAGGGAGAGGGAUAGAGACAGAUAUCGUCUAAGGGAAGAAAAAGAUUAUGGUCGUGAGAGAGAAGGUAGGGAGCGGGAUAGGAGAGACAGAGAUCGUGACCGUGGAAGGCGAAGGAGUCGUUCAAGAAGUCGAAGUAGGAGUAAGGAUCGCAAGGACUACGAUGGUGGUGACUACAGAAAGAGACAUGCUCGGAGCAGCGCUAGUCCUCGAAGGCAUGGAGAUGGACAUGAGGAUGAUGAGCCUAAGAAAAAGAAGGAGAAAAAAGAAAAGAAGGAAAAGAAGGAUGAUGGGACUGACCACCCUGAUCCUGAGAUUGCAGAAGCUAACAAGCUACGUGCAGCCCUGGGUUUGAAACCUCUGAAGGUAUAAAGCUUUGCUUUGAAUUUGAUAUGCGGAUGUGCGGGUUUUAAAACCAGUGAAGAUUCAUAGUGGGGAAAAGUUGCUUACUGUAUUUUACCUCGUAAUUUGUGGGGGCAUGUAUGUGGCACUCAACACUAUUUUUGCUGUUUUCUUGCUGAGUGGCAGUUAUCAAGUUCACAAGAAGAGUUUGCGACAUGUGUAUAUGUUUCUUGGCUUGAGCUUGUUGGUCCAUAGUCUCUUCGAUAGGACAAAUGUCUGUAGUGUAAUUGGCACGAAAGCUGUUCAAAUAUUUGUGGGUUUGAUUGCCUUUAUUUGAUGAGACAUUUUGUACCUGUGGAAUGAAAUUUAACCUACAAGAACCUCCGACAGCCUUAACUUUGGGGUAUAUAAUCUCAACUAUAUCAUAUUCAUUUCA